CAAAGAUAUAAAACCCUGUGUAUGUAUACGCGUUGUACGUGUACACUUACAUCGGUUCUCCAGGAUGCCCCGUGCCAGGACUGUUCUGGUGACAGGAGCCAACGGCGUCAUAGGCCAGGGCGUAUGCAAGGCAUUUUCCCAAGCAGGCUGGACGACCUACGGCCUUCUUCGAAGCGCACGGAGCGCGCAGGAACUGGUCCGCGAAGAAAUCAUCCCCAUCGUGGGAUCCGCGGCCAACUAUUCGUCGUUUCUUGAUUCUCUGCCCCCUAUCGACGUUAUCGCGUCCUGUUCCGAAGACAUCAAGAACUACAAGGCGCACUUCGAUGAUGUCCUGGCGAUGAUUUUAGGUAUCAGCUCGGCCUCUCGUCGCGCGGGUGGCUCGAAGCCGCUGGUCAUCUUCAGCAGCGGGUGCAAGGACUACGGGACAACCGCACGGCACGGCGAUCCUGACCUGGCGCCGCACACGGAAAACAGCCCGCUCAACCCCCCGGCGCUGUUGGCGAAGCGUACGCAAUGUGCACUUAGUAUGUUCAAUCACGCCGAAGCAUUCGACGCCGUCGUGACGAGGCCGACCACGGUCUUCGGCCGGUGGGGCAGCUGGUAUGCGGUGUUUUUCAUGUUGGCUGAAGCUGCCAAAGCCGCCGGUCGCAACAGCUUUACGCUUUACUCAACGCCCAAUGCCAUCUUACAUGGUGCGCACGUCGACGACGUUGGAAGUGCCUAUGUCGCGAUCGCAGAAGCUCCGCGACAGGUGGUGGCUGGUCAGGUCUAUAAUAUCUCUGCCCACUCGUAUGAGACGCUCGCGGAUAUUGCCUCGGCGGUGGAAAAGUGCCACGGCGUGAAAGUGGACUAUGCCGAUCCAGGACCGAAGGACGACAAGGAAUUUGGCGUCAACUCGGUGUUCAAUUUUCCUCAGUGGGUCGACUCGACAAAGCUCAGAAGCCAGACUGGUUGGGUGGACCGGAAGCCGCUGUUCCACGAGGCGUACGAUGUAUAUAGAAAGGCAUGUGAGCAAGCAAAGGCGGACAAGAGUGACCAGUAUGUGAGGUACAAGGAGUACCUUUCAUUACUUAAGGAUCCGAGGUAUAUCUUCGACGUCGAGGAGUAAAGAGCCGCAGAGAUCGAGUUGUAUCCUGCUGCGUUGUGUGAGAGAUGGCUUUGUUCAAGGUGCGACUGCUCUCUGGUAUAGUUGACGGAAUUGCUACGGACUGAGGAAAAUGACGUCUGUAGCGCGCUCCGUUGCACACCUUUACGUGAAUUGGUAGCAGUCCUCCCACAACCAGCCCUGGCCGAGAUCUUCAAGCUCAUUGAGGAAUCCGCUGUCAAAGAAUGAUCCACCUAAAGACGGGUUGAACAACAUUUCAC